AUGAAAAGGAAGAUGGCAGAGGACCUUGAUGUGUUGUUCGAGGAGACGUUAACGCUAUGCGAAACACCGCCCGUUCCGCGACGCCAUCCAAAUCGCGUCCUCCAGCAGUACAAGAAAUCGCUCCCCACAACGCCUACUGAGAAACCCGAGAUGGAGAAGAAUGGACCGCCCAUGUUCCACUUUGGAGAACAAACUGAGAUGUCACCCAAGCCGCUCUUCAACAGAAGCAACUCGUUGCCGUCUCGAUCAAACCGGCCAUCGCUACCAUCUCGGCCAUCCGAACCCUUCCAAUUCAAUCCCGACGACAUCGUCAAAAGUCCGACACCACUAUUCGGUAGGAGGAACACGCUUCCAUCCAAAGUGCGUCGUGCUGUUGCCGCCGAAAGAAAGCCAUCACCGCUGUCUCGCAGGGAGGACGCGCCACCCUCCUCCGCACCGACCCACACCACCCCCAAGGAACCCACGUCACAAGCACUGUCACGCAAGGAUCCCAACAACAAGACCACUCCCAACCCUAAAAAGAACACGAGCAAGCCGCCGGUCUCAACUCCACAAAGGUAUCAAGGUGUUCGUGUCGUCGAUAUCAAAAGACCAUCACCACUUUCUGGCAAGGGAAGCGCGCGACGACCCGGUCCUACCCGUUCCGCUCCUGUGCAACCCGAAUCGCCGAUAGUCCUCUCACCUGUCAUCUCCAACAGCGGCAGCUCUGUAGCAUCAUCGCCAUCGCCAUCUGUCUUCUCCGACUCGGCCAGUUUCUGUCCAUCGAGCCCCUCAACGCCCGCCACGUCACCACCCGGUUCGCCAACAACACACGCUCGCUCGCUAAGUUACUUUGCGCCAUCUCAUUGGACCAUCAAGCCUUCGCCAUCCCCGAUUUAUGUUCCCAGGCAGAAGUUGAGAAGGAAGGACAGCCCUCGAAUGGACACUCUGCGCACCCUUAGAGCGAAGGAGUCGGAUGCAAUGUUGCAAAAGGAGUAUGAUCAACAUUGGGAAGAGUACCGCAACAAACUAUCCUUAAUGACCGGCGGACUAUUCUCUGCUGAGCGACUUUAA